AUGAUAGUGACGCCCUUUGCUCCCCUCCUCCUCUCCUCCUUCGUCGGAACGACAAUCGCAUGGGGGACUCUUGGCCACACAACAGUCGCUUAUAUCGCGUCCAACUUUGUGCAGUCUACCACCCGCGACUUCUUCCAAGACAUCUUGCACAACACGUCCGAUUCAUACCUUGCUGGGAUCGCGACGUGGGCUGACUCCUUCCGGUACACGGCUGCUGGGAGGUUCUCGGCACCGUUCCAUUUUAUUGAUGCGGAGGAUGAUCCGCCCAGGGGCUGUGGUGUUAGUUAUGCGCGGGAUUGUGGCGAGCAAGGGUGUGUGGUGGGAGCCAUUCAGAACUAUACGAGACAGCUAUUGAACUCAGAGUUAAAUGGGGGGUUGAGAAACAUGGCUGCUAAGUUCGUCGUCCACUUGGUGGGAGACAUCCAUCAACCUCUUCAUGUCGAGAACAUCGAGAAAGGUGGAAACGGCAUCCAAGUCCUGUUCGAUGGAAAGCACGUCAACCUCCACCAUGUAUGGGAUACCAGUAUUGCGGAAGGAAUCGUCGGCGGUUAUGCCCUUCCUUUCGCGGAAGCAUGGGCGAAGAAUCUCACUCUGGCUAUCAAGGAGAACGAGUAUAAGUCUUUUGCUCCGUCUUGGCUGGAGGGCAUCGACUUGAGUGAUCCGACGACGACUUCGCUUGGUUGGGCGGAGGAAACAAACUUGUUUGUUUGCACCGCUGUUCUCCCUGCUGGCCGGGAAGGCGUCGAGAACCAGGAGUUGAACGGGACUUACUAUGAGAACGCUGCACCUGUCAUUCAGUUGCAGGUAGCAAAGGCUGGUUACAGACUGGCGAAAUGGUUGGAUCUGAUUACCGAGGCCCAAGUCAAUAAACCAGAGUUGUGA